GGUUCUCCCGAGGAAUUUAUUUGUAAGAACAGAGAAGCCCUUGAAAGCGAAUAUGUGAGCUCAAAUCUCCACCACUGGAUUGAUUUGGUGUUUGGUUACAAGCAGCGGGGAAAACCAGCAGUUGAGGCAGCAAAUAUUUUUUAUUAUUUGACAUAUGAAGGGGCUGUGGAUCUGGAUACCAUGGAUGAUGAAUUGCAAAGGUCGGCAAUAGAAGAUCAAAUUGCCAACUUUGGUCAAACACCAAUUCAACUUUUCCGGAAGAAACAUCCUAGAAGAGGACCUCCAAUUCCAAUUGCCCAUCCUCUACGAUUUGCUCCUGGUUCUAUUAACCUAACAUCAAUUGCUUCAUGCGGAAGCAGUUCUUCGUCAGCUACUCUGUAUGUUAAUGUGCUGGACUCAAACAUUGUCCUUGUGAACCAGGGCCUCACCAUGUCUGUUAAGACAUGGGUGACCACUCAGUUGCAAUCCGGUGGGAACUUCACCUUCUCUGGCUCACAGGAUCCCUUUUUCGGGAUUGGUUCUGAUGUUCUUCCCCCUCGGAAAAUUGGGAGUCCUUUGGCUGAAAAUAUUGAGCUUGCAGCACAAUGCUUUGGAACAUUAUCAACAACAUCUGAAAAUUUUUUGAUAACAUGUGGUACCUGCGAAAACAGCUUUCAGGUUAUAUCGCUAACUGAUGGCAGAAUGGUGCAGAGCGUUAGACAACAUAAAGAUGUUGUGAGCUGCAUUGCAGUUACAUCUGAUGGAAGCAUCCUGGCUACUGGAAGUUACGAUACAACAGUAAUGAUCUGGGAGAUUUUUCGCAUUAGAACCCCUGAAAAACGAGUAAAGCAUACUCAAGCAGAGAUUCCUAGAAAAGAUUGCAUCGUUGCCGAAACCCCUUCCCAUAUUUUGUGUGGUCAUGAUGACGUUAUUACGUGCUUGUAUGCAAGUCUUGAGCUUGAUAUAGUUAUAAGUGGAUCAAAAGAUGGAACUUGUGUUUUCCAUACGCUACGGGAUGGGAGAUAUGUUAGAUCCCUACGGCAUCCAUCUGGCAGUCCAUUGUCAAAGCUUGUUGCAUCACGUCAUGGGAGGAUUGUUCUUUAUUCUGAUGAUGAUCUUAGUUUGCACCUCUAUUCUAUAAAUGGGAAACACAUUUCGUCUUCAGAAUCCAAUGGCCGCCUGAACUGUCUUGAACUGAGUAGCUGUGGUGAGUUCUUGGUUUGUGCUGGAGAUCAGGGGCAGAUCAUUGUACGUUCUAUGAACUCACUUGAGAUUGUGGGCAAGUACAAUGGAAUCGGGAAAAUAGUAACUUCACUAACUGUGACACCAGAAGAAUGCUUUAUUGCUGGGACCAAGGAUGGAAGUCUUCUUGUUUAUUCGAUAGAAAAUCCUCAACUUCGUAAGACUAGCUUUCCGAGGAAUUCAAAAUCCAAAGCUUCUGUGACAUAGCGAAUUUGCAGUUCUGGGCUGCAGUGUAAAUUUAACAAUAUCAUCACUGAAGGUGAUGCCGAGUUGAGGGUGAAAUGAAGCACAUUAAGUCUUCAAGACGGAGACGAGCUGUAUCAUUGGAGUAGCUGAUUGGUGUUUCAUUUUUUGAAGAGGAAAAAAUGGAUCUUUCUUCAGUAGUUAUUAUAGCAGUGCCCUCUAAUUGCUGUAUCCGUGGCAGGAUUCUUUGAGCCUCAACUUGUAGAAUGAUAAAGAAUGGCAGAAUAUAGCACCAUCAAAACAUGCUGCUUGCGAUGGAAGCAGUUGCCACCGCCUAAUGUACAGCAUUUUGUGCACAUUUUCUUUGUGAUAGGCCUCAAAUGUUGUAUUAAGUGAUAACAGUAAUCAAACAGCAUUGAAAUUAGCACCAAAUGGGUGUUCCGCCCCAAAUGGUUUUUGUAUAGAUGGGCUUCACACCCUUAUAGGGAGAACUAUAUAUUUAAUAGAAAUUCAUUGAUGAUUC